GACAAAUCCUCGAAACUUCAAUUUCGAUCAUAUUGGAAAUGCGAUGUUAGCGCUUUUUGAGACUUUAUCCUACAAGGGGUGGAAUGUUAUUCGAGAUAUCUUGUGGAUGAGACAAGGACCUUGGGCAGUUGUUUUUAUACACAUUUAUGUGUUCAUCGGGUGCAUGAUUGGCUUAACACUUUUCGUUGGCGUUGUUAUUGCUAAUUAUACUGAAAACAGAGUAAGCAGCCUUUCAUUCUAUUCAUCCUCACUGAUUUCAGUCUUUUUGCUGCAACAGUAGCA